AUGAAUACGGAGUGAGGAGAGGACAGGAGCACUGGGAGCAUUGGGAGUACUGGGACUGGGAGGACACAGUGGACUGGACGGACCGGACCGGACCCGGGCAGGCGGACAUGGAUGGACAGAACGGCAGCAGCAGCAUCUGCUCCCGGCCGCAGGGAACCGUGACAGACCGUAAGAAGAAGGAGAAAAUCCCCGACAGAGUGACUCUGAAGAAGGAGAUCGGGCUGCUGAGCGCCUGCACCAUCAUCAUAGGGAACAUCAUUGGCUCAGGGAUCUUCAUCUCUCCUAAGGGGGUCCUGGAGCACUCGGGCUCAGUGGGUUUGGCGUUGGUGGUCUGGUUAUUGGGAGGCUGCAUCGCCGCCUUGGGCUCCUUAUGCUAUGCUGAACUGGGCGUCACCAUCCCCAAAUCAGGGGGCGACUACUCCUACGUCACUGAGAUAUUUGGUGGUCUGAUGGGGUUUCUCCUGCUGUGGAGUGCCGUCCUCAUCAUGUACCCGACCACGCUGGCCGUCAUCGCCCUCACCUUCUCCAGCUACGUCCUGCAGCCUGUCUUCCCGAACUGUGUUCCUCCAUACAUGGCGACACGGUUGCUGUCCGCCACCUGUCUCCUGCUGCUGACCUGGGUGAACUGCUCCAGCGUUCGUAUGGCCACCAGGAUCCAGGACGCCUUCACCGUGGGGAAGCUGAUGGCUCUGGGCCUCAUCAUUGUGGUGGGCCUGGUCCAGAUCUGCAACGGGAACUAUGAGGCGCUGACUCCUCAGGUGGCGUUCUCCCAGGAAAGGACGCCGUCGGUCGGGCAGAUCGCUCUGGCCUUCCUGCAGGCCUCCUUCGCCUUCAGCGGCUGGAACUUCCUCAACUAUGUCACAGAAGAAGUGGUCGAACCCAGACGGAAUCUACCUCGUGCCAUCUACAUCUCCAUCCCAUUGGUGACCUUUGUGUACACGCUCACCAACAUCGCCUACUUCUCCUCCAUGUCGCCCGAAGAGCUGCUGUCAUCCAAUGCUGUGGCUGUAACGUUUGGAGAGAAGCUGCUAGGAAUGUUCUCCGUCAUCAUGCCGAUCUCUGUGGCUCUGUCCACCUUCGGAGGAAUCAACGGCUACCUGUUCACCUCGUCCAGGUUGUGUUUUUCUGGAGCCAGAGAGGGUCACCUGCCCAGCCUGCUGGCCAUGAUCCACUUCAAGAACUGCACGCCCAUCCCCGCCCUGCUGGUCUGCUGCGCUGCCACUCUUGUGAUACUCUGCAUCGGAGAAACGCACAACCUGAUCAACUACGUCUCCUUCAUCAACUACCUGUCGUACGGCGUCACCAUCGCAGGCCUGCUGUACUACCGCUGGAAGAAACCCAACCUGUACCGACCCAUCAAGGUGAACCUGCUGGUUCCUGUGUUUUACCUGAUGUUCUGGGCGUUGCUGCUGGGUUUCAGUCUUUACUCAGAGCCGGUGGUUUGUGGUGUCGGCCUGGUCAUCAUGCUCACCGGCGUACCUGUCUACUUCCUGGGUGUUCACUGGAAAGAAAAACCAAAGUGUAUCUACGACUUCAUUGAGACGGCGACGUUCGUGGGCCAGAGGUUGUGUUUCGUGGUCUUUCCUCAGUUUGACCCCAUCGAGAUCGCCGAGCCUUCAGAAUGGACUGACCGAUCAUCAGGCAGGAGCAGUUUUUCUGCCAACUCUUAAAACUCUUUUCUGAAUAUAUGAAGAUCUUUGUUUUUGUCUCCUGUUUUUAUUCCGCCACUGUCUAAGUCCAGACACCUGCUCCUGGUAUGGGAGCUUCCUGUCUUGACCUUUGACCCUCCGAGACUCUGGUUUCCCUACAAUCGACUGGAAACGCCUUUUUUUCGUCACGGGCUUCUUGCACUUUUUAUUUUCUCUUUCUUUUCUACUAAGUCGUCAAGUACAACAACCUAAUGCCAGCAGUGUCACACUUUGAAAGUGACUUUUAUUCCCGUUUUUGGACCCAUUUGUUUCCUCUUCUGUAACAUGACAGAACUCUGACCGACUGACUGACAGCGCACGGUUAUUUCUUCUGAAUGUUGCUGGUGUUUUAUCGUGCCUUAAAGUCUUUUCACACCAAGUCUGAAACACACAUUUAGAGUCAAUAUUCUGCUUUUUAAACCAAGUCUGCUGCAAAUUAUUUCAGAAGAGAGUUGGAAAGACUCCAAACACUACAUUGCCAAAAGUAUGUGGACAGCCAAACGUGUGAUUCUGACACCAUGUUCAUUAAAAGACGGGUUCAAAAUGUUUCAAGUUUGUCUUAAA